AUGGCAAAAUUAAAUACAAAGCGCAGAGUUUGUUCUCGGGAAUCUUCAGUAUCUUCUCUGUUAGCAAACUGCAACCUGAGUGGUAGUAAUUCCUCUAACUCUGAUGGCUUUUUUCAGUAUAAGGAUAGACUGUACAGUUCUGCAUCUCAGGCUCUACAGGCCUAUAUUGAUGAUUUUGAUCUAAGCCAAAUGUAUCUUGGUGCAAGCACUGGAAAGAUUAACAUCAAUAAAUGUUCUGCUAAUAUGCCAGAAUUCUCCAACUAUGUUUAUAAACCAAACAAUGCUUUUGAAAAUCUUGAUGACAAAAAAGAUUUGUCCUUAUCCUGUAGAGGACAGACUAUUAAUGACAUGGACUCCGUUAGCCUAACAACUGAUGAUCUAUUAAAACUUCCAGCAGAUGGGUCAUUUUCUUUCACUUAUGUUGGAGCAGGUCACGGAAUUAGCAAGAAAAGCAAGAAACGUACUGGAAGACUGAGUUCAUCCAACAGUGAAAAGAAUCAAAAUUUUCAAGAACCAGCCGCUCUCCUGGGCAAGGAUAACUUAGUUACCCCAGUUGUAUACACAAAUGUAAAAGGAAAGCAAUGUGGUAGGCUGAAAAACCCAAAACUUGUGAAAAAGGCUAAUAAAUGUGUUUCUGUACCAUCUUUAUCUUCUAACAAGAAAUCAUCUUUUAGGGACAGUUCAGAACACAAUCUUGAAAAGAAUUACCCACGAUGGCUCACUAGCCAGAAGUCUGACCUUAAUGUUUCAGGGAUAACGAGUAUACCGGAUUUCAAAUACCCAGUCUGGCUCUACAAUCAAGACUUGCUGCCCGAUACAAAUAGUCAAAGGAUUUAUCAAAUAUUUAAAGAAGAUCACUGUUCCCCUAGGCAUAGUUACCAGGCACAAAGAACUUCUCGGCGAAUGAAUAAAUUAGAUUGUUUUGAAUAUUCUUUUGAAUCUUCAAACAAUUCACAUUCCUUGAGUGAUGAUAAAGGAUUAGUUAAUGAAUAUAAAUGUGAUUCUGAACAUAGCCAAUGUCAGUGUGACAAUCCACUUCUCCCAGGAUCCGAAAAGCCAUUCAGUGGUGACAGAAUUGAAUUGCUUAUCCUGAAGGCCAAGAGAAAUCUAGAGCAUUGUACUGAAGAAUUACCAAAGUCUAUGAAAAAGGAUGACAGUCCUUGUUCAUUAGAUAAACUUGAAGCAGAAAGAUCAUGGGAAAAUAUUCCUGUUACUUUCAAAUCUCCUGUUCCUGUUAACUCUGAUGAUAGUCUUCAACAAACUUCAAGGGCAAAGUAUGCUGACAGGUUCCUUGAAGACUUUUUAAAUAAUGAUAAUCAGAGCUGUACCCUUUCUGGAGGGAAACAUCAUGGUCCUGUUGAAGCCCUGAAACAAAUGUUAUUUAAUCUUCAAGCAGUGCAAGAAAGUUUUAAUCAGAAUAAAACCACAGAGCCAAAAGGCGAAAUUAAACAAGUUUCAGAAGAUGAUUUCUCUAAAUUACAGUUGAAGGAAAGUAUGGCUCCUAUUAAUAGGUCACUUCAAAAGGCUUUGCACCAUUUAUCUCGCCUGAGAGACCUGGUUGAUGAUUCCAGUGGGAAACAGUCACCGAAAAUGUGAAGAGGAAAAUAAAAGUCUAACCAAUAAAUAGUCACCACAGAACAAAAGUGUAUUUUUUUUCCUAUUGCUUAAACUGACAAAGUAAUUAGAAGCCAUAUAUUA